GGCCACAUGGAAAACACAAGAGCACAACAAACUCUAGUACCCUGGCUUGGCCGACUACUUAUAUCUCUCAAGUCCUUAGUUUAUUUUAAACUGGCGGUUAAACUACACCGUAUCUGCUCUUAAUGGUUGUUUUUUUACUGGUAUGCUGUUUUAACUGCGUUCGCAGUGAAAACAAACCUUGAUGCGCGCGCGUCUUGGCAACGGAAGUCGUACUUUAUUGCUGUUGGUUAACUUCCUCAACCGAAGCUAAGCAGUGAAUGCAAACUUUUCUUGAGUAAAAUGUCGGGCUGUUGCAUAUCAGGUUGUAAAAACAGACACUCGUCUACCAGCAAAAUCAAAUUUUACAGAAUACCUUCAGGAUAUCGGACGUUUCAGGCCAACCGGAGAAAGUUAUGGCUAAAAGCGAUCGAACAAGCUAACGGCAGCACCGAAGGACUCAAGGGAAAUGUCCGCGUCUGCAGCGCUCAUUUUAUAUCAGGAGAAGCCUCUAUGGAGUAUGGCAGUCCCGACUUUGUGCCUUCCCUGUUUACAUGCACCAAAGAAAAACCGAAGAAGAAAAACAAAUGGUUCAUGGGUCGUAGAAAAAGGAGGCGCUGUUCAACUAAAGCUGAAGAAACAACUCCUGAACCUGGAGCUGAUUCUCCAGCAGACCACCAGUCCUCUGAUUUGAUUGAAGAACCACCACCAUUAUCAAAGGAUGAGGGAACAUUGACCGAAGAGUCUAAGAAUGAGACCAAGACUGAAACGAAGGAACCUCCAACUUCACCAUGCCCAAACAAAGCAUCAACACCUACAGAAGCAAAAGGCAUCCCAGAACUAAACAAGAGGAUUCCUACUCUAAUCCUAAGACGUGUUUUCACGCCAGUACGGGGGUAUCAGUGUGAGCUAUGCAGUCAGAACUUCUCCAGUGUUUCAAGGCUUUUAAAACACGAACUGCUGCAUCGAGAAGGCAGGCCCAUUAGCAGUGAAAGUGAUGAAGAAUUCUUCUCGGAUGAUGCAGAUAUCACGGAGUACGUGGAGGAGCCUGAACCUGCUUUUCCAUGCAACAUAUGUGACAGAUCUUUCACUACAGUUCAUCAACUCAAGCGUCAUAAACUGCUGCACGUCAAAGAUGCCAGGAAGUGUCGCAUUUGUGGCGUUCUCUUCUGUAAGCUUCACAACCACGUAGUAUUCAUGCCACAGCCAGAGGCUGAAACGGUGACAGAAGAGGAUGCUUCUGUCUGUGAGCCCGAAAACAGUCUGGAGUCCCCAGAGCCGAGCCAGAUAAGUGAGCCAGUUGAUGACACUCCUCACACUACUUUUUCUCCUUUACCCAAAAACCUUUUUAAGCCUCUUAAGCCCCUUCCUCCAGCCUCACACAUAAAGGUCCUAUCAGAAAUUCCCAUCCCUGUUUUGAAAGAACCUUAUUCAGUUCCAUGUCCAAAGCUUGGGUACUCAAGGGACCUACAACCCUUUUCUCCUAUGAAGAAACCUAAACACUACAACCCUUCAGCCGACAGUCAGUCAAGUUUCCCCAAAGAUUUUGAACUCCCACCCUCACUACAAAUGUUUUCACCAAAAUUCCUCACCUCAACUUUCUUUAAAGUCACACGAAACUAUGAAUACAUUUUAAGCAAAGCACAAGCGUUUAAAAAAGAGAAAGAGUAGGAAAAAUACAAAAUUUAUUCAGAGGAGGAAAGCAUUGAGCCAAACAAAGGGGAAAAUAGUGCUUACAACCUAGACAUUGUGUUUGGUUUCAACAGUUGAUUAAGUUUUAUUGUGCCAGCAGCACUCACUCAUAAUACACAACCAAUGGAGCCACUCAGCAUCAGCUGUUUUUGUCAAUGUGCUGACUUUUUCAGGGAUCAAUUUUCAGGUCUGAAGCUGCUGCCAACGCCAGGAAAGGAUUCUUUGGGCUUUGUUUAUGUUUAUGGUGAUAUUUCCCUGAAUAAAGAAAAACAUUAAAAGCAUGGAGAUAUUUUAAACAGAUCAUGCAGAUACUACAGAGGGAUGCUGAAGUUAACUUGCAUACCCUAGUAACAAUAAAUGGUGGGAAACCCUCUGAUACUGAGGUUGGGUAACCUGACAUACCAGGUAGACUGAUAGAUCCACUGCAUGAGAUAUAUUUCACAUCUAUCUGGGCACCACAUCAUAGGUGGUUGUUGGCAAGCACAAAACCUUAAAAAAAUCUUGAAGGGUGACUGGACAAAUGUUCUAUCUGUCACUUUCAUUAUGGGCCAAUCAGAGCGACAAAAUAUGUAGUAGGCAAGUUCUGGCACAGGGAGUAAACUACCGACCAGAAGCUCUAAAGGCAGCUCUUAUUGUUUGCUAUCAGUAGAGACAGCUGGUAAAUUAAACUCAGGCCAAAGCCAUUCAGGAGGAGUGAAAAAUCAUCCUUUCCACAAAGAAAAGCUUUCAAUGCCAUUCUUUGCUCGGCCUUUAAUAAAGUAAGGUUUUCCAGUUCUGUUAAAACUAUCAAACAGAGGGUACCAGAGCUGUUUAUUCUCCUUGGAACUGUUUUUGUUUCUUUAUUCAUUCAUUUCCAAAAAAUGAUUGCCGUUGUAAUAUAAUGGGACACUUUAAAAAAUAGUUGUAAGUUUAUAAAUGUAUGCAGGGCUUUUUUUCUGCAGUGUUAGGGCAAAACUUGGAGGAAUUGAAUAUGUUGUGCAUGUUUGCCACAAUCCUGUGCUAAAAUUCAGGCCCAUACUAGAGAAAUUACCUAAAUAUGUGAUUUUAAAGCUGCAUCAAAUUGAUAUGCAAAGUGACAGCUCAACGAGCAAGCAUAAUGAAGCAAAGGUCAUGAAAAGGUUGUUUUCUGCUUUAAAUGCUGCAGCAAAGUAGGCUCCAAUGCUGCUGAUCAUAUGGUGGAAAAACUGCUUUAUCACAACCAUUUAAAUAUGAAAAUUAGGGGUGGACUGAAUAUCGGCCUGGCUGAAUAUUGAUGCUGAUAAUUGGCAUUUGGCCAAUUGUCGGUAUCAGCAUUUUAUUUUCCUACUAAUCGGCCAAAAUCAGUUGUUUCAAAGGUGUCCACGACAAGGUGUGUCUUCCCUCUGGUUUUGUUUUCACUCUCUCCAGUCUCACUUUAUUUCCUGCGCACAUCACUGUCUGACUACAACUGCCAGCCAAUGAGCACUGAGGCCUGGGUGCCACUGACAGUAAGAGUAUAAGGCAUUACUUCCUUUGUUCUGCUGCUACAGUGUUGCUCUGUGCUCUUUCUCAUGUCAACAGAUCUAGUGCUAAAUUGUUUAUUUUCCUUGAUUUUUUAUGUGCAGUUUUACUUCUGUCACAUUAAGGACACUUGGUUAUUCAUUAUAAAUGCAUAUCAAGUCUAAGUAUUGGUUAUCGGUUACAUGCACCACUAAUAACCAGUAUUGAUAUGGGCCCUGAAAAAACAAUAUCGGUCAACCCUUAAUGUAAAUGUCUAAAUGGUCCGUCACUUUACUUAGAUGGGCAUAAGUAUGCCUUGAUAUACCCUAUUUGUGGGGAAACAUUGACCAUCGGGCUCAACAGUGUGGUUCCCAAAAUAAGAAUCCCAUUCAUUUCCCCCAUAGCCAAUAGGAUUAUUAGCCAUAGUAUCAGAAGUAUUGAAGUUAUCUACCUGAGAGUGAAACAAUGGUAUACUCUCCUGGAGAAGACAAACUUUUGUGAGUUAUCAACCUUGUUUUAAGAAUGAACAUUAAUACCUAAACUACAAUAUUUUCUAACAUUAUAAUGUCAAAUGUAAACACUAAAUAAAGACCAGUGUAGAUAAAAAGUUACAUGUAUGGGUUGAAAGCUUGAAAGAUAUCUUAAACAGCAAAUAAAGUGAAUCAAUAAAUGUUAUAUAGUCAUGAGUAAAUGGGGGUUUUGAACAGCAUAUUUAACUUCCAGACCUGUCAGAAAAAGUGGGCUGGUUCUGUUAGCUUUAUAGCUGCAUCCAUACUUACCUCUUCACCAGCCACCAUUGUUUACAAGCUUGAAGUCCAACUAAAUCAUGCCUGUAGUUGCUGCCUAGUUCCUCUUGAGUAACAUCAGUUGGUCAGGUCAUUCUCUGACCUUGAACAACGCUUCCAGUUGAAUCUUUGUAAGAUGGAUCUGCCUAAUGACAGACAUUGAAUCUGGCCAAUCCAUCUGCUUUGAAAGGUUAAAGUUGAUGGGAGCUGCCCAUUCAAUUGUUUAAGAUUUCACUACUGCUAAGACAGACUGCUAUAAAACAUUAAAGUGUGUUUGGUGGAUGCUUCAGCUAAAGCAAGGCUGGACUUUAGAUUGAUUGUACUGAUUGGUGUGACAUUUCUGCUGCUGGUUUGAUAUAAAUUGUCAAAUUCUGUGUAAUAUAACAAUGUUAUCUGUCCACUGUGAAUGUAUUACUUCACACUUUUGUUCAUUUUGUCUUUGUCCAUGGUGCCUUCCAUUUGAUCUUGAAAGUCGGAAAUCCUGAGAUUCCAGUUAGAAAUUACAAGCUGAAAGUCAGAAUUCAAGUCAGAAACCUAGAGGAACCCACCGAGUAACUGGGACAAGGUCAACUGGUGUGGUGCCCAGCUCAGACUUUUGACUUCUGAGGUAAAUGGAACACACCAGUAGUCUGAUUCAGACCAUCUUUGUAUUGUAACCUCAGUGCCUUGACUCAUUAUGCUGCUUUAAAAAAAGAGUUUUAUAUUAGUUUUUUUCUGUCACCUCAUAACCAUUUAGCUUUGAACUUUGUUAUAUUAAGACUGCACUUUCAUCCCAUCUACCUCAGCUAUGUAGAACCAUUCAGAUAUCACUGUUGUCUUUAUAAUAUAAAUGUCUUUUAUUAUCACUUUUAGGGAUAAACUUAUAUAUAUAUAUUACAGUUUUUAAGGGUGAAUUGUGUUUGUUAAGGUUGUCUAAAGGUUCAAUACUUUCAUACUUUGAUUACAUUUUUUAAAAAUCAUUAGCCUCUUAGCAUAAUUGCCUAAGUCAUAUUUGAAGGUUUUCAGGAAAAUAAGGCACAAUGAAUGAGCAGUGUUAGGAGAGUAGAGUUUGGCAGAUAUCACAAUUUGGCAAAAAGAUGACUUAGGCAAUUAUGUUAUGCCAACUAAAUGGUAAUCUGCCAAAACCUUGCGAACAUUUGUGCUAAAAAGAGGGUAUAUAGGAGCUUAACAGGAAGUUAUCCAAUAUGUAGUGCCAAGGGUUUUUAUCUACAUAGGGAUGGUAUCAAAACAGGCAUUUAUAUUGAUUGGAUUUUAUGUGUCGAAGUGUAAUAAUCUGGUAUCAUGACAACCUUUGUGUGUAUUUCAAUCUAUACUGGCAGGUUUUAGGGUGGUGCAUCACACAAACAAAGCGUAUUAAAGUUGAUAUGUUGCAGGUUGGUAUUAAAAAUAGCAUAUUUUCAAUACCUGUUUUUUAUUAUCUCUGUCAGUACUGUUAAUGGAUGAUAAUUCCAUCAUUAAAUUAUCUUGAAAAAUAAGAUUAAACCUAAAAUUGAUUCAUAACACAUUAUGUUUGUAGAUCUUAAUGCAUCAGAACAAAGUGUCUAUGUAAUGGCGGAUUUUUAUGUGUACCACUAACAAGAAAUCAAGUGAAAAUCCUUCGAAAUAUGAUUAUUUGAAUUAUAGUUUUUAAUAAAACAUGCAGAAAUAA